AUGCCGACCGCCCGGCUCAUCGAGCAACCGAACGCCGCACGGACCAGCAACCGAAACCUGCUCUUCUUGGUCACACUCUCCCUGCUGCCGAUCUACACCUUCACUCGGUCUCGCUGGACUGCUCGCUUGGGGCUCGAUCAACUGCACUUGGUCCUCCUCCAGCUCAUAUUCACCUACUUCUUCUCGCAAAGGUUUUCCUCCCAAAGUAGCGGUGCAUCAUCGGGAUCGAAAAGCAAUGAGCAAGAUACCAAACCCGAACCAGUGGACAACAAGAAGAAGAAGAUAGGCCAGGAGACAUCGGAUACGUCGAUUGGUAUCGCCAAGGGCUUGCAAGAAUUGGUCGACCGACCAUCCGACUGGACCAACGUGUUUCCGACUCCUGGAAUCGAGAUCCUCAAACAUCGGACCAUCAACUCCCUGUAUGCGGUCCGGACUGAAUUCGAAGAGGACCACAGUCUGACUCUCGAACAGUUGGUCCGCUGUAUACGCGAAUCCAAGCAGUGGGAAUGGGACAAAAUGUGUGAAUGUGGGGAGGACUUGGGCGACGGGGUGACAUGGGUUCGACUCAAGGGUUUCUGGCCGAUCAAACCGAAAGAGUUGGUCAUGCGCUCGUGCAUGUUUCGACUCCCUGGCUCGUCAGACGUGGAUGGAGCCUCAAAGCCACCGAUCAGGAUUCUGGCAGCCUCGAGUAGCACGACCCAUCCUUCAAAAAAAUCGACGCUAGAAAUCAAGUUUGCCGGGUAUCUGAUCGAGCAGCUGUCUGCCUCUAGCGGUCUGCGUGUCACCCAGGUGGUUGACCUCUCGGGUUUUGGUGCCUUGCCGGCGUUUGUGACGAAGGCGGUGGUGUGCAAGUUUGUGCCCUCUUCCUUACGAAAGCUGGUUGCUUUAGCACAGCGUCUACCGCCACUACCAGUCUCAACAUCAGAAGGAACUCCGCCUUCCUGGCUGCCCCCAAUCCUUGACGACUCGAUCACAUGCACCUCAGUCGGAAAACCUUCGACAGAAAGAGAGCGGCUGAGACUCGAGAUCGACCAGCUCAAGAAAAUCAUCCUCGACUUACAACACCAGAAGCCCCGCAAACCUUUCGAUCUCCGCUCUAGUUUGGCAAACAGACUCUCCGUGCCUUCUGUCAGCAUCGCUGGCGCCGCCCUGGCUGUCUGUCUUUCAGUUGCUUACAAGACCCGGCUCUACUUCAAUCGACGCGAAAAAAGGACUGUCUUGUUCGUUAAUGAGUGGGUCCCUGAUGACUUGGUCUUCCUUCUCGAAUUCCUCUCAAGAAAGAGAGAGUAG